GACUGAUUUUUGAGAUGCCGUACACAGUGUAACUGUCUGUCGUUCGAUUUUACCUGUCUAUGUUGUUGCUGUUGUUGUUCUGUAGAGUAGAGUAGAGAGAAGAGUAGAAUAGACAGUAAGCAGUACACAGUACUACUCUGAUGUCUUAUCAUUCAGGUUAUUAAAAGAAAUACAUAAUAGUUAGCAAUAGAAUGGCCUGGCCCCACUCUCGGUGUAUCGAAACGGGAUGCGCAGAGUUUUCCAGCUUCGAAUCGGCACGCCGAGAACGAUCCCGAGUCGUCGACCAUCCCGAUUCCGAACACCGGCACGCCGAAAUGUCUGGUUUUUCGACCAUCACAUCAUUUCUCCUGCUUUUUCUCCCUCCUAUCUGUUCGUAUCAUGGUCAGGAUUCCAUCCUAUAUCAACCCCCUUCCCUUCCUUCGUUUUGCAACUCUUUUUCCCUCUUUCUUUCUCUUUCGGCAUCCCAACUCGGGAUCGCCGAGACAGACAGACUUUGUGCGGUCCACUUGAUCGACUGAGCCAGAGAAUUAAAAAGGGGUAUUUUUGGUGUGACUGGGUGGAGCUCUUAGUCAAACUUUUAUUAUUAUUAUCAUGCUGUUUUGAUUGUUAUUAUUAUUCAACCACUGGCACUCUCUAACAAGGGGGAAUCCUUGCGUCUCUUAAUUCCCUCAUGCCGUCAGCUUUAGUUCCGUUACUGUGCGUGUGGCAACCGAUCGACUAACCGUUGUUCCCUAACGUCUUCUGUCUGUGUAUUCGUUGUCUGUAUACCUACUGUAGAGCUUCAAACAGCCAAAUCAUCAGCAAAAUUAUC